AUGGACGACCUGCCGAUAGAGAAGCAUCCUACCCAGGUCAAGAAAUCCAAAUUGCGGAAAUUCAAAAAAGCGAAGAAACGUUUGAUCAAAAUCUGUAAAUACGAAGCCUUCGUUUCUUGCCUGGUUGGCUUAUACACCUGCCAGUGGCAAGACCAGAACCUCAAAAGGAUUAAACCAGGACUCUGGUGUUGCAAUAAGGGAGAAUGUAUGUAUUUUUCCCUCUUGGCUUUCACAUUCAGCUUUUCCUUUGUCUUUCUGUAUAUGUGGGGAGAAGCCAGGAAUGACUACAACAGCUUUGACUGGUACAGCUUCAUAAAUUUAGGCUACUGGUUUCACUGGUCGACUUUCCUGCUGUUUCUGGCGGUCUUCGUCUUUUCCUACCUGUUUUUCUUAAUCUUUAUAGCAGUUUUACUACUCUUUGAAAGUAAAGAGUUGGAAAUGCACUGGUGCCAUAAGCGUGUGACACUUUUCACCCUCUUCCUCUCCGUCACUGGCUUAACAGCUAUCACCAUGUUUUGGAACCGUCAGUGGCACACAUUCUACUUGUCGUUCCAGACGCCACAGAAAUAUAAAGCCAUCUGGGUCACCACAGACCUGCUGGCCCUGUUCUUCAUACCUCUCGUCUUCCUCGCCCACUG